CCGGACUCGAGCUCAGUGUUGUUGUGACAGCCUGGAGGAAUUAACCGGGGCAUUCCAGACGCCUAUCUCAGGAAGUUUUGCGUGGGUCUUUUGGGAAUUCACCACCAAAGUGAAAGCGUCCGGUUCCAGUGGCUUCCUGGUAUGGCUGUGCGAUCGAGGAUAUAUAUUGGACUGCUCUCUCUCUGUGUGCGUUUGUCGCUCAGUUGGACAAUGUUUGCGGUCUGGAUGAUGCUGUGUGUGGCUUCUGUUGGUGCACAGAGUUCCUGUUCCAGCUUGCAGUACCAAGGGGACGACAGAUGCUGCAGCAAGUGCCCAGCAGGCAGCUACGUGCUGAGGGACUGUACACAUACUGCCGAGACUUUUUGUACUGCCUGUCGCAAGGGCGAGUACAUGGACGCCAUGAAUGGCCAAAUGCACUGCCUCAAGUGCUCACACUGUGACCAAGAAUAUGGAUUCAAGGAGUUACAAAAUUGCACUGCGACAAGGCCCAGGAUAUGUAGCUGUGCAGAAGGAUUCGACUGUGAGCACAAGAGUGACGAGGGAGGUUGUAAAACCUGUAAGAGGAGGCUGACGUGUCAGACUGGAGAGGGUGCUGUCACCACAGGGUCGCAUACGAAUGGGACCGUCUGCAAGCCCUGUCUGGAGGGAUUCUUCACCAGUCACCCAUCUGGGCAACCGUGUCAACCGUGGACCAGGUGCGAAGAGCUGGGGAUGGAGACGCUGCAAGUGGGGAGCCCAGUGUCUGACUCGGAGUGUGGACACAGGCAAGCCAAUUCCCUUCUGGGCAUUGCUGUCGGACUGAGCGCUGCUGUCAUCAUUUCUUCCACGCUGCUGCUCGUUUACAUCUACAUCCAGAAACGCAGAGGCUCAAUGAUUCUGAAAGACAAAAAGGAACCAUCACGGUUACUUAAGGAUUAUCAGGUCGGACAAAACAACUCCCUGAACUGAGGCAAAAAAAAUUAAUGGUCAACGUCUGAAUAUUUAUUAAUCAAACAUUAUUGUAUCUAACCCACCCCUGUCUUUCUCACUCUCCUGUAUCUGGGGUGGUCCCUCUAACACCGUCUCUCUCUCACACACACUCUCCUGUAUCUGGGGAGGUCUCUCUAACCCCCUCUCUCUCUCACACACACACACUCC